UAGGGCAGUUUACGACCCAAUACCAACGCAAAUAAUCCAUGUCUGCCAUCGUGUGGUGAAUUAUUAUGACACAUUUUAUUUGAAAAUACUUUUCACGCUACUUAAACACACUUCACAACAAGAAUUAAGAAAUAGAGGAUAAGAAAAUAAGUUGAAAGCAAAAACAUCCAGAAACGGCGAGGAGGUCUGCAUUUGACGGGGGUGCGGAAUGAUUACGUAUUACAUUUUACAGUGGAAGUCCAUUGAAAUGCAUGGGGGGGGGGUACUUUUUGUAAACUGCAAACAAUCUCCAAAAAACGCUGACUAAACUGUUUGAUAUGCCCCCUAUCUAUUUAUAUCUUUCUAUAUCUAUCUAUCUACGUGCUGGCUCGUUUGUCAAUAAAAAGCGCACGCACUUUGAAACGUCACUUAGUGUACAAAAUAUUACAGACACAGAAGAGCUCAUUUGUUGUGGUAGUUGUGUACAAAACCGGACAGACAAAGCCAGCAUACGAACAGUAGCUAAAACUUCACAAACGCCUGCAGGGGAACUUUGCGUCCACGGAUGUCCACAGUUGAACAAACAUUCUUUGAUCAUGACCCGUUAUGACGCUCCGAAUAUCUGCAAUGCUAAAUGCACUUGCUCACAGAUUCCAGAGAGCAGUUCAGCCGUCUUGAAAGUUGAGGGAUCUCCUCAACUGCAUUUCUUCUACGCUGUUCUGCUCGAAAGGGGGCUUUUCAAUUCAAAGGCGCUCUCUAUUACGUCACCGACCAGUUAAUUGAAAGUUCCAGAAAAAAGGUUAGCCGUCAGAGGAACUGCUGACGCCGAAAAGCAAGCGGAACUUUGUACGAUGUCUUCAUGGACAAGCUCGGAGUCUUCAGCCUCAUCCGUUUCUUCAAUGAAAGUGACAAGAUCUGAAGUCAAGAUAGGGAAGGUUUUGUACAGUAAGUCCAAUGCUUACUCGGUCCUUGAUUUCAUCGGUGAAGGCUGCUAUGGGAAAGUGGCAGUGUGCAAAAGUCUGGACACGUCAGAGAUGGUGGCUAUUAAGAUCUUGAAGAAUGACCCUUCCAUCAAACAGGACACGGACAAAGAGCUGUCCAUGCUGAAGAUGAUCCGUGAUAUGGAUGCAGAUAGCGCCAACGUGGUCAAGUUCUUUGAACAGUUUGAGCACGAGGGAAACAUCUGUCUGGUCUUUGAGGUAUUGGACUGCGAUCUCAUUUAUCUGCUGGAAGAGCGACAACGUCAGCCGUUGUCUCUGGACGAAAUACGUGUCAUUGCCCAUCAGCUUCUCGUGGCCUUAGUCACUCUGAAGCGUGUCGGUAUCUUGCACACUGACAUCAAACCCGACAACAUUAUGAUUGUUAAUAGGAAAGAACAGCCCUUGAAGGUGAAACUGAUUGACUUCGGCAAUGCGAUUCCAGCAUCCAAAAUUAAACUCGGGUUGGAGAUUCAACCGGUGGGAUAUCGAGCGCCGGAAAUUACCCUCGGCCUCCCUUACAACGAGAACAUUGAUGUCUGGAGCGUCGGCUGCAUCAUGGCCUUCCUGUUCCUGCCCGGAAACCUAUUCGCUGUCAAUUGUGAAUAUCAAAUGAUGAAACAUAUCAUCUGUGUUCUGGGCCAGCCAGAAGACCACCUGCUUCACGCUGGGAAAUACACUGAGAACUAUUUCACUGAAGAUGAGGAGGUCGGGGUUUCUCAAUAUAGGCUCAUGACACCAGAGGAGUUUGAAGCGGCAAACAAUGAGAAACCCAAAAACCAGGAUGCUUGCAGAGAGCUUCCCAAACCCCUGGAAGAUCUGAUUCAGUUGCCCCCCGGGGGAGACUGCGCGGAGGGCGAGCUGGACAACAGGAAGGCUUUCUUGGACCUGCUCAAACAGAUGUUGCAUCUUGACGGACAUCAGAGAAUCUCUGCCUCACAAGCGUUGCGACAUCCUUUCAUUACGAUGGCCCAACAACCCGACAGUGGCAGCCUGAGCCCUGUGACAGACAAAGAAGUGUCACUUGAUCAGCUACGAAUCCCCGCCUCAAAUGGUAAUGCUGACCUCAAGUCCAAUAAGAGUAUGUUGAAGAGGAUUCGCAAAUUUUUACGCCGAGUGACCGCUGCAUUCUAUCGCAUGGCAACACUACUGCACUGAUUCCUGUUUUCCAAUUUAGCAAAGAUUUUCAUUUAAGUGAACUUGGAAUCAUAUUUUUUCGGAUGAAACAAAUUCAGAUGUGUGAGUCACAGAUUUAUCUUUUCGACUUCUUGAUGUUGUCAUGACAACGUCUGGGGUGAUUUUGUGCUAAAUGUGGGAAUUAUCUCAACCCUGAUGGCCCACUCAUUUGCACUGUGAGCAAUGUCUAAAAACACGUUUUGUAUUCGCUAGGGAUGGGAAUCGAUAACCGGUUCUUGUUGAGAAACAGUUCCCAGAGUCUGAAUUCCUUGGCAUGGUUUGCCAUUUUUUUGCACACAAUUCCCUUAUCUAUUCCAGUCGGGAAGAAUGACGUCACCAGGCACUUUGCCUCGGACAACAACAUGCGUGGCAACAAUAUUAGCUAGCUUGGCUAGCAAGAAACAUGGCAUCUAAUGGUCAAAAGUUUGGUUGUGUUUUAAAAUCAUGAAAUAUAGAACAAAAAAAAUAGUCAGCUAUUAUUUUUUGAAUGAUAAACAGUGAAUGGGGUCAAAUUGACGUUAAGGAUAAUAGGAGGAUUAAAACCACACUGUUGGGUUUGUAAGCUCAUGUUGCUUUCAGAAAUGUAUUUUACAGAUACAAUUAGGACACAAAACAAAAGUGUUGCUAAUCUUGUUUAGUGUCCCUUUAUCCCAAAAAUAUCGAUAUGAGAAAUGAUAAAGAUGAGAAUCAUUAAGCGCAAUCGAAAAUUGAACUGGAAUCGUAAAAAUAUGAUCAAUUCCCAUCCUUAGCACUCUCUGUGGCCAUUUCCAUCAAUGAUAUUCCGUGAUUGGAAAAAUA